CGAUCUCUCAUCGGGGCUUCAAUCACACGCCUGCCUCGCUUUUCGAUCUGGAGUGCCUCGAAGACGUUACGCAAGGCAGAGAGCAGAGAAGCAGUGUUGUUCCCGAUUUCUGUCUUUACAGCCUCAUGAACGGUCACUGCCUAUUGCGCUGAAGCAUCUCUAAAUGUCCGCAGUCCGUCUGCGGAUCUGCACAUUAUGGCGGACUGCUCCUUCCCAAACUGUCCGCGUCCGGACUACAUCAAGGCGCACAAUUCACGUUGAUGGACGCAACCGCUUGAGCUAUUUCUGGACGCCCACCCAGGCCCCGAAGAAGGGGAUCAAUGAAGCUGUUGGUGAAGAUGGCCACGACCUGCUCAUCCGAGCCGGCUUCCUGCGUCAAGCCCAAUCUGGCAUUUUCCACCUUUUGCCCCUUGGUCUGCGCGUGUUAGACAAGGUCGAGCAUAUGAUCGACAAGCACAUGCAGAGUGUCGGAGCGGCAAAGGUCUCAUUAUCUUCCUUGUCAUCGACAGAUUUGUGGGAGAAGUCUGGUCGGCUGGAUGGUCGCGACAAAGAAUUGUUCCAACUCCGGGAUCGUAAGGACGCCAAGUUCCUGCUUGCGCCGACGCACGAGGAAGAAAUCACUACCAUUGUCAAAAACGCAGUGCAUUCUUACAAGGACCUACCACUUCGGCUAUAUCAGAUCACGCGUAAGUAUCGCGAUGAAGCACGUCCUCGUCAAGGGCUCCUCCGUGGACGAGAGUUUGUGAUGAAAGACCUGUACACGUUCGACCUCACUUCCGAACAAGCCAUGCAGACGUACGAUGCUGUUUCGGAAGCUUACAGAGCUUUCCUGACCGAGCUCAAUUUGCCAUUUCUCGUCGCCACUGCAGAUUCCGGCAACAUGGGCGGAACACACAGUCACGAGUACCACUUCGCUUCACCCAGAGGAGAGGAUACCAUUGUCAAAUGCGGCAAUUGUGACUUGUCAAUGAAUGAGGAAGUGUGUUUUGCAAAGUACCAGCCGCAACAAUCCAGCAUUGAGUAUGCCUGUACACUAUGGACGGGCAGGACUACAGAGACACGGAAUGGUCGCGCUCGAACGGCGAGUAUCGUGAACGUCUACCUGCCGCAAGGGGACUACGAACUAAACAUCCAUGCGCUCAAGAAACUCGUUCCGGACCUCGAUACGUCCCCAUUCAGCGUACAGGACUGGCACGAAGAAAGCAGCGAUUUUCUCUCGGAAGGCGAAAUGGAGAUGCCAGCUAUCAUUUCCAUACGGGACCCACGAGUGCUCGAAGAACAUAUCACGGAUGACACAGCAGAUGGCGAAAUCCUGUCAGCUCCAUUCCUCCUGACCAAACAGCGCGAAGGGGACCAAUGCCCAAAGUGCGACUCUCCGUCAAUACAACUGCACAAAGCUGUCGAGAUAGGACACACGUUCCAUCUCGGAACACGAUACAGCAAGCCACUCGAAGCUGCCGUACAAGCAGAAGACAACACUCAGGUCGACAUCGAGAUGGGUUGUCAUGGCAUCGGUGUUUCACGAUUAAUCGGCGCCGCAGCGUCUCUUCUCGCAGACCAACGUGGGCUGAAUUGGCCGCUCGCCAUCGCACCGUUCAGUACUGUCAUCGUAGGAGCAGGCAAGACACCUCCCGAAGACACUCGCGAAGUCUACGACACGCUGAUGAAGGGCCUGCUAUCUCAAUUUCUAUCAGGCCCGAGGGAACGUGCAGCCCCUCCGGAUGCGGUGAUAGAUGACAGGGACCGACCAUUCGGCUGGAAGCUCAACGAUGCAGAUCUUGUGGGCUACCCAUUCAUCAUUGUGCUGGGGAAGGCAUGGGGCAGCGAACGAGCAGUCGAGUUGCAGUGUCGAAGGCUCGGCGUGAAAGAAAAUGUGCCAGUUGCGCAGUUGCCACAGAGGAUCGCAGAGUACUGCGAGAAACUGUGAGUGUACAGUACUAUGUAUGAUACGUAAGCACUCUUCGGAUGUGGACCUUUCACCACUUUCCAGUCCGUCUCCAAGCGAAUCUCUGCGGUACCGCGACACGAAUGUCUCAGCUCGUGAGCAGUGAGCCUGCCAUAUUCCUGGAGAGACAGGUGCUCCAUACCGGAAAAUGAGCAGGUGAGCAGCAUAACGCACCUGUUAUGAACCAGGAUCUUUAGUCAUCCUCCAAUAGGCUACUCGCAGCAUCGCAAUAUCCACCCCAGUGAAUACAAGCUCUUUCCCAGAUUGGGCCUCACCGUGACAGCCGCCAACAAG